GAACAGAUACCCCACGUCAGAGAGCCAAGUAUGCGGGUAGCUGUUGUAAGGUUCUGCAGCCCAGCCCCUACUGUUGGUUGAUCUAUCCUUCUCUUUCUCGUUUAUUCGAAUUCCCCUGAUAUCCUUGGAACCCAAUUAAGUAACUGCCUUCCUUGACCAACGAAACAGGGUCACAACAGAUAGCAAGGGAGCAGAAAGACAACAACAAGAAGAAAAAAAAAACGGCCCACUUUCCGACCAAAAGGCCACUCAAUUAUCUCGAAUCAUCAUGCAGGUUGAUGAAUUGGACUUAGUUCUAGUUUCUGUUCAGCAAAGUAUCAAGUAGUAUUCACGGCCGGAUCCGGACUCCAAGAAAUCGCCAAGGGUAAACCCCAAAGGGAGGACCAAUAAUUACCGGUAGGCCUGAACGGCACUGGGGCAGGUACGUUGCCCAGAUUUUGUGGGCAAAAUUAUCACAUCCUAGACUGAUAAGUAAGUUAGAUAAAGAAGGGAAAAAAGGGCACAGCUUGUCGGCAAGAAACCUUUACCACUUGAUGUUGGUGGACAACUCACUUCCGCAAUCAUAACUAACACCUUCAUCCCUUGCGGACGUGAGGCAGGGUUUCUCUCCUAUUUUUGUUUCAUUGGACAUAUUUUUGUUCUCUACCUCUUUCUUCCUUAAUGUCUCUCGCUUUCCACUACACCGACCUCGCACCAUCUCUUUUCCAACCCUCAGAUUCCGCUCAACUUUACAUGGCUUGCGAUCCUACCAUUCAAGUGGAAAUAUUUCUCAGCACAGCUGUCCGGACAUCACCCAAGACCCAUGUCUCAGCAGGAACCAAAGCCAUCUCCGGUGGCGGCUGACUUGCAGCACCAAGAAAAGCUCCAGACCAUGGACGCAGAUGGUCAACUUCCGGCCGUAUCGGCAACCAAGAUGGCCGAGGACCUCUCUCGUGCGACCACCGACCAAGGAAGCCUUCAGUCCUUUCAGGUCAUCAUCGUGGGUGGAGGACCGGGCGGGCUCAUGAUGGCACACAUGCUGUCCCGCGCCGGCAUCGACUGGACGCUGCUGGAGCGUCGGGACGACGGCGGCCUGGUGCAGCCGGGGACCGCCCUUGCGCUGUGGCCGCAGGCGGCGCGCGUGCUCGACCAGCUCGGGCUUCUGGAGGAGGCCGAGAAGCUUUACCUGCCGCUCGUGGGCAAGAUCAACUUUACCAAGGAUGGGACUGUUGUUGGCACGUCCAAUAUGAUUGAAAGACUGGGUACCAACCACGGCUACCCCUGGAUGCUCUUUGAUCGUCAGGUUCUCGUAGACUUCCUCGCCCGCCGCCUCCCAGAUCAUGAGACCCGCGUACAGUAUGGUAAGUGCGUCUCAUCGAUAGUGUCAACCCCUUCCGAGGCCCGCAUAACCUGCACCGACGGCACGGUCAUCCGAGGCUCUCUCAUCAUCGGAUGCGAUGGCGUUCGCAGCGGCGUCCGCAGGGCGAUGCGCGACCAGGCAACGUUCCCAGAGGGCGGGUUGCCCGUUCCACGGCAGGACAAGAAGGCGAAAACCGCAAAGGAGGAGGACGACGAUGUCAUGAGUGCCGUCUUCACAGGCAUGGCCGGCCACUGCCCCCGACCCGAGGGGAUGGCCCCGCAGACGGUCCACGAGAUGCACGACUGGGGCCUUGCGAUACUCUGCAUGGCCGGGGACGACGACGCAUACUUCUUCGUGUUCAAGCGGCUGCCCAAAAAGGACCCUAUAAGCCACCGGCCUCGCGGAGACAGGACGUCAUCACGCGAGGAGGACCUGGCGGGGCUAGCGGCCGAGGUGGCAGAGUGGCCCGUGGUGGCCGGCGGUGCAUUGCGGUUCCGCGACGUCUGGGCCGCGCGGACCAGGGCGACGCGGCUCGACUUUGAAGAGGGCUUUGCCGACGAGUGGCACCGCGGCCGGCUGGUGCUGGUCUCGGACGCGGCGGCCAAAAUGACGCCCAACGCCGCCUUCAGCCUGGCCACGGGCGUGCAGGGCAUGGUGGAGGUGACGAACCGGCUCCGGAAGCUGCUCCUGACGACGAGCCGGCCGACCGGGGAGCAGCUGACGAACAAGGUCCUGGCGCCGUACCAAAAGGCCCGGCAGCCCAUGGCCAAGUUUGUCAAGGACUUUUCAGCCGGCUACACGCGGACGUCGUCGUGGUCCAACAAGGGGUGGAGGUUCGUCGACUGGCUGUCCCCCAAGAUUGGGGGUGACGCCGUGAUGACCGACACAAUGGUGGCGUCGAUCGUGAAGCGGAGCAUCGUGCUCGACUUUGCCGAGGAGAAUGACUACCGGGUCGGCAAGAUGCCGUGGAAAAACGGACGGGUGAAGGAGGCACCCGAUGUGCUGACCAUGGGGCCAAGGAAGAAAUCCAUCUCGAGCAGUGAUGAAGCAGUCGGGUUGGCAUCUGCGCAAUGAUGACCAGAAUCUUCGGCGCGGGCCGUGAGGUUUUGUGGUUUUCAGAGAUUGCCUGACCUACCUGACCAAGACCUGUUUAAGAAAUUCAAUCAUGAUACCCAAAUAUACAAACUUAACAUAGGCGUGCGGAACUGACUUGUUGUUGUGCAGGAGAUUUAGGAGGUGUGAAGGUGAAUGCCUGAUUCACGUCUCAUAUCCAAGUAAAUAUCUAUCUUGGGUGUAGCGCAUGACAGCGUGUACAAGGUACGACGGCGGAAUGGCAUGGAAAGUAAAGGAAAAUAAUGGAUGGGAUAUCCAACCGAGCCUUGUGCACCCGUGGCGAUAUGAGAUUUUCUUCCCCUUAUGUCUAAAGAACGGGUAACGCUCAAAAAACUAGGAUUUAGCAAGAACUAGGUUUUGCUAAUAAGGUUUUAGACUAGACCAAAAAAAAGCAGGACUGAGGAUUUUGCCGUAUCAUUCUGACA